AUGGUUAACCAUUCGCGGGGGAAGGACGCGGGGCAUCCCCCCCAGUGCCUCGCCACACUAAUUACUUGUAGUACUGCUUUGAGUGCUCCUAUAACUCCUGCUACUUGUGCAACUGCUGCCACAACAGCCACUGGUACCAUCCCUGGCAAUACUUGUAACACUGCGAAUUCGACCGCCACUGCUCCUCCUCCUACUAGCAGCAGCGCAAGCAACAGCAGGACGCUAAAAAACGCAGCUCCAACAAUACACUCUGCUGCUGGAUUCUCCCGCAGUUUGUUGCUGUCUCACUGCCCAAGGCUCCUUUCGCUUCUCUGUCUCAUCGCCCUCCUCGCUGCGCCUCUGUUAACCGCUGCUCGGGACGAGCACCUGCAGCUAACGCCAGCGCAGCAGGGGGAACUGCAAGAAAGCGAGGAGACAGCAAUGCCACCGACUCUUACGGAGCGAGAGGAAGCUCCAUCCGAAGACUCGACUGCAGACUCCUUCACAGGCCCCUCUCAGCUAGCAGAAGAAAGAGCCAACAAGUUCAUCACCAAUGCUCCUGGAGCUCCCGCAGACGGAGGCAUAAAGGCGGAUCAGGAAAUGUGUGCUUGGAUGUUUGAUUCGCUCAUCGCAUACUUCGAGGUGUUUUUUGCUCAGGGUCCUAGUGAAGAACCUCCAAUGCCCCCUUCCGUUGAGGCGCUCCACGAGAAGCAUGCACAAGUGCCUGCUUUUGUUACGUGGAUGAAACGCCGCAGCGGGCACUGGGGCUUUAAAGAGGAAGACGUCAAUCUACGAGGAUGCAUUGGCUCUCUUGAACCGAUUCCCAUCACCAAACUCAAGAACUAUGCACUACUUAGUGCGCUAAAUGACUCACGUUUCAAUCCCAUAACGCCGUCAGAAAUUCCUGAACUCAAAUGCCACGUAUCUCUUCUGCACAGUUUCGAACGCGGGAAGGAUCCAUAUGACUGGGAUGUUGGUCUGCAUGGUAUCAUUAUCAACUUCACUGCAAAGGGCAGAGGGGGCUUAAAGAAUUACCAGGCGACAUAUCUGCCCGAGGUAGCGGCCGAGACGGGAAUGAGCAAGGAAGAGACUAUUACAUCCCUGGUGCGUAAGGCAGGCUACACGAAGGGCCCUGUGGAUGCAACCCUCAUAUCUGGAAUCUCUUUGACGCGCUACCAGUCUUCCCAAGCGCGUCUUGAUUACGACAAUUAUAUAAAGCUUUUCGGGCAUCUUUCGGAAAGGAAAGCACAGGCCUAG